ACACAAAACCUCAGCAACAGAAGCAGAGAGAGAGAGAGAGAGAAAGUAACUGUUCACUUUCCCCAUUUUCUUCUUCUUGGUUAUUUGGAUUCAGAGUUUUGUUCCAUGAAUUCCAACAAGCGAGAGGAAGAAGACGACCUCUUCCUCCCACACCCUUCGGAUCUGUCUCCUCCGCCGCCGCCUCUGACGGACCCUUCCUCCUCCUCCUUCUCCCUCCUCUUCCCCUCCUCGCCCUCCUCCUCCCACUCCUCCCCCUCUCCUCCCUCAAAACCCCUCUUCAUCUCCCCUGACCCUCACAUCUCCUCUCAGUUCUACACCUUCACCCCAUCCUCCCACGCCCUCAUGCUCCGCUCUCUCCUCCUCCGUCGCCUUCCCUCCCCCUCCGACAUCCGCGACGCCACCCCGCGCAACGUUUUGGCCUCCUGGCGCACCGUCUGGAAGGACCGCAACGAGGACACUGCCUAUCUCACUGCCUGGAAACGCAUCCAAGACAAACUCACCACCCACCACGACCCCUCCACCAACUCCCACUUCCUCUGCUUCAAGACCAACCCUCACCAGUUCGUCCCCCACGUGGAGCAAUGGCAGCAAAUCGUCAUGUCCCACCACGCCGACACCGACCUCAACCACCUCAACCUCAAGGACACCCUCGAACGCAUCAAGCAGCACUGGACCGUCGGGGCCAAGUUCUACGGCAUCCCGGAAAGCUUCAUCCGCGUCUGCGUCGCCGCCUGCCCCGCCUGCUGUGCGGCGGAGGGCUCUGCCGAACCCUCCGCCUCUCGCGGUAAGCGCCGCCGCUUUGAGUACACUGAGAGCUUCGAUGUUCCGGCUAGGGAAGUGCCCUCAAGGCUUCAGCAGCUUGCGGCUAAGCAUAAGGUCGUUCUUUGCAUUAGACAGAAGUAUAUUAGGUAUAAGCCUUUCAUGGCUGAGGUAAAGGACUAUGCUUGCCAUCGGGCUGGUGAACCUGCUGCUAAGAAAUCUAAGGUUUUGAAGAGGGAGCCUUACGCUUCCAAGAGGUGUGGAUGUGGGUUUAGGAUUAGGGCUAUUGUGCCUAUUGCGAAUUACAAUGAGAAGGAUAAGAGUUUUGUGUAUCAGGAAGAGGGGGUGGCGGUUUUUAAGCUUUAUGCUGUGCAUUCCGGGCAUGAGCCUGGGCCUUUGGAUGGGAAUGCCAGGAUUAUGCAUAGGGUUGUUGGGCAUAAGGGUGGUGGGUAUUUGAUGGAUCAGGAGAAUGUGUAUGGGGUGAGUGAGGAGAUGGAUGGGGAGGGAGGGUUUGGGUUGUUGGGGAAGGAGGAUGGUGGGGAUUUGCAGUUUUCAGUGUUGCAACAGGUUCAGGAGUUGAGGAAUGAGGUGGGGAUGUUGGAGGGGAAGGUUGCAAAGAUGCCGAGGGAUUUGUUGGGGUCGAUUUCCAGGGAAUUAUACGAGGUUUUGAAUAAGGUUAGGAGCAUAGGGGAGGUGGGGUUGAAGCCAGCGGAGUUGAUAACAGAUAAGGUGGAUGAUGUAUUGGUUGGGGAUAAUGAUCUUGCUAACUGGAGUAACCAUCAUGAAAGGAUUUAUGGUGAUGGCAAGGACACAGAGCUGAUUGAGGAUGAUGAGGACAGUUUUGGCCGGACACUGGGGGAGGUUGUUUCAUGGGGGGAUCAGAUGAGGACCGAGUGCAGGAGUGAGAGGGAUCUCAUGAGUGACAGUUGUAAGCCUGAGAAGUGGUUGAAGUGCAGUGACUUUGAUGAGAAGAGCAUUCUUGAUUGUGAGGAGGAUAGUAAAUUAUCCAAGCCCAUCAGAAUGAUCAGACAUGAUGAGGGAAUAGUUUCGGAUGUAGUAGGUCUUGGCUGUAUUCAGGUUGAUAGUUUCUACCAGGACAAUUCUAAAUGUCUCCUUAGUAUUGAACUGAAGAAUGAAGGAUUUUGGUGCCAUAACAAAUGCUUUCAGGUACACCCAGUUUCCCCCUUCUCUAGAACUUCAAAAUUAUGAUGUUUAUGGAUUCUUGUAGCCCAUCCCUAUCUUAUACCAUGGUUGUUUUUGUGACCAAUGCCAUGAUAUAUGAAGCUUGAAUACAGGAUUGGCUAAUAAAUUAAACAAUAUAAGAGGUAGAUAUCAUUGAUCGCCAGAAUAAAAUAUAAAGUACAUGAACUCCUUGGGUGGGUGCCCGAUAUCAUCUUCUGUAGUUGGGUGAAAGGGAUACCAUUCUACACUUUAGAUGGAACUAUGACACAAAUAUGAAUCCGUCCCUUGUAAUUUUUAUUCAACUGAUAUUUUUCAAACAGAUCUUUGCCUUGUCCUUGUCAAGAGUCACUCAAGACAUUAACCAUAAUUUAUGCUUAACGGAGGGUGACACAAUUUUCAACUGUUAAUGUGUAGGAGUUGGUCUACUUGUUGAAUAAAUGUUUCAGAGGUUUAGGUUUUGUUAUAUGUUGUACCAUCCUCCCUGAAGAUAUAUUUUUAAAUGUAAUUAGGUUCCCAACAUUGUUAGAUAUUUUCAGUGAUGAAUCUCAAAGAUGUGUACCAAAAUUUGAUUGCAGUAUUGAACCUAUUCUGCAUUUAAAUGUUACCAUUGUGUUGCGUAUCUUGUUGGAAGUCCAAUGCAAUUGAAUUUUUAUGAAGAUGAGGAUGAUGAACAUGUUUUAUAUCAACUAAUGAGUUUUAGGCUGCCACUAAUAUAAUUUUUUAAGUAGUUCUUGUUCUGGUCAAAGUCUGAAUGCUCCAGUUAGGGUCCUAGAGAAUUUGACCAGAACUGUUCUCUUUAUAUAUACUCUUAAAAUAGGAUCUUUCCUUGUCAAAUUAAGUUGUCAGUUCUGGCUAUAUAUUGUAAGUCUGGGGGAAACAGUUUAAGGCUAUCAGGGUUUAGAUUAUUGUUCUGGAUUAAUCGGUAUUUGUGCAUAUUAAAUUUCCUGUAAGUUGUAACUGUAUGCUGCUUAUGGAUGUUUUGUAACAUACAUGUAGGUUAGAUGAAUAUUUCCUUUAUUUUUUGUUUCAGUUUAGUAACCUUUUUUAAAUGCGUAAAUAUAAUCCUACAUCUGUCUCUCAUAAGUUCCUAUUGGCUCUCUGAAGGCUACUGAUCUGGAGAAAUAUACCAGACAGUGAACCAGACACUGCAAGGAGUAAGGGCCAAGAAGAUCAUGGUAUAACCUAAAACUAGGUAUGCUUCCAUAUAUUGUUAGCAAGCUUGCCGUUUUCAGCUGAAAGCACACCAUAGAAUCCAUUUCUUGUUUCUCAUUGUGUUUCAUUCAUUACUGUGCUAGAUUUGGUCCAUUUUGAAGUCUUGAAUCUCUAUGAUGGUACACUCUCUUGCAUACUUGUAAUCUGUUUGAAAUUUGAUCAUGUUCUUCAUUUGUGGCAUAGUCAUUUGUUUUUUAUUUUUCUCAACCUUUAUAAUAGUAAUUAUGUUCUAAUAUUUCAUUAGGUUUAGACAAGAGUCAAAGAAUUUUACUCUAAUCUGAUCUGACGAGAGUAUGCCUAGUUGGACUUGGGAAUAUUCUUUAACUUUUAACUGUAGAACAUAACACCAUGCUGUCUAAAGUCAAGCAACACUAGACUUUUCAUAGCUUCAAGGUAUUAAUACAAUUUUUACAUAGACAGAGAACAGGUUUAUACAUGUUUUUUUAACAUUUAUGAAAUUCAAUCAUAAUCUUCAUUAUUUGUAAUAUAAUUAUGCUCGAAGGUUUCAUCACAUUGAUUCAAUAAUCAAAGAAUUUUUAUGUGAUAUCAGUUUUUACACUAUUUUGUUGUGCUCUGGAAUAUUUUACAACUAACAACUGCUGGACCAUAAUGGCUGCGUUUCUGAUGUCUGGCAACAAUAGACUUCAUAGUUUUGAAGUGUUAUCAUAAGUUAGUUAUUUUACUAUGACAAAAAAAAAAGAUUUGGAAUUUUAGAUUAGUAUAUAGAAGAAUAUAUACCCAAUGGGAUAAUACUUCGUUAUUGUGUGGAAGAAUAUAUUGUUUUCAUUUAUUUUAUUGAGAAUUAUGCAAUAGACUGUGUAUGGGUUGAAUACAUGUGUUGUGAACCAUCUAAUAUUUUUGAACAUCUCAAAAGAUGUAAAAAGCUUCAGUUCCACCCUUUGAAAGCUGGGAAACAUGCAGAUGCUGACAUGCUUUGAUUUGGCAAAUGCUUAUUAGAAAAGAAAGGAGAAGUAAACAGUCACAGUCAUGCACCCAUCCUUCUUUGUCAUGAAGGUCCGUGACUUUGACAUGAAUGUAGGAACAUUAGACCUGGGACCAAAACUGGUUCUUUUCUCUUUGCUUUGUUUUAUUGGGAUUGUGAAAUCGUUCAUCUCUGACCCUUGGCUUUUCUGUUGUUUUGCUCUGUCACCGUUCAGUAGUUUCUUGUCUUUUGUUCUUAUGUGUAUGUUUAUUACUGAAAAUUGAGAAGGCGUGAAGAUGUGGAUCCUAGUGUUAUGAGCCUUCUUGUGACUGGUAAAGGGAGAAGCAACUCAUCUUUGACAGAGUCCCCUUUUAAGAAGUUUUUCUGACAGUAAUUUCUCAUUAAUAAUAUUUCCCUCAGAUCUGCCUUUACUAAGGCUUACAAAGAUAUUCAUAAUUAAUAGGAUUAUACUUAACAACUAUCCCAAUUGAUAAAAUAAAGAAAUGAAGAGAUCCUUGAUUAGUGGGAUUAUGUAUAGUAAUUAUCCUAAUUAAUAUAGUCAUAGGUCACAAUUGUCCUAAUAAAAAAAAGUACUAGAUCUGAAAUUAGGGAUUCAGAUGUGCAUGUCUUAUGCAGAUAGAAAAAUAUAAAGAAACAAAAUAACUAAACUUAAAGAUAAAGAGGAUGAUAAUCCUAAUAAGUGUGCAGGUUAUCAAAUUUGACAUUGGUUAUUCUUAUGUUGUUAACUUGUGUUAUAAUGGUUCGAAUAAUGCCAUGGUCGUAAUGCAAAUAAUAUCAUUGAUACACUAUUUUAGAUGAUAGACUUCUGUUGAAAAAUAAUACACAUGGUACAUAGAAAGGAUUCUCCUAGUCAUUUUGACAUAGGUUAUCUCUUUCAUAGUGAUUGACGUAUUCUGAAAAAAACUGAAUUUCAAAUGUUAAAUCAUGAUGUUUUGUCGUUGUUGUUUGGAGAUUGCAUCAACCUGAAUUUUCUUUUUCUCUUCACUUUUACUUGGUGUGUACUAAUUCUUUCCAAGUUUGUGAUGCAUUGAGUUUAAUAAACAGCGGACAUGAUCAGAAAGUUGCAUGAAACUUUUGAGUACUGUUGCUUCAGUAUCAUUCAUGGAACAGUUCAGCAAAAUGGGUGGAGUGGAGUAUUUAAGGUUCACUUGUCACGUGGGUUGUUCUUUGAAUAUAAUAUUCAUUCUUGUUUUGUUUAUUGUUAUUUGUUUGGUCUGUGGUUGAUGUGUCUGCUUAUCAGUACAGACUCGGUAAUUUCCAAUAGGGUGCUACUUAUCAGUGAAAGUUUUAAUUUUUACUAUUUGUA